AAAACAUCAAAAUGGCUACAAACCCACAAAUUUCGAUUCUUGGUCUUCCUUCGAACCCUAAAUCUUUCGUCCACGUUUGCAACAGAAUAAGCCUGUGUACUUUGGAGCUCAAAAUCCCUGCCUGAAGGCUCCAGCGAGUGUCUGCUUUCCCUCUAAGGGUAUGGAGCCCACUUCCUCUUCUCCGUGGCCGUUGCCUGUGGAUUGCAGCGUCUCUUCUCCCUCCCCAGUGGAUUCCAGCGAAUUAUCCAGUCUCCAACUCUCCAGUGGAUUGCAGCUGCCCCUUCCUAUCUGUGAGCAUAUUCGUAGAGACACGGAAGAUGCUGCAAUGUGUAGUAGUAACUAUUUAUAUAUGGAAGAAGAGGAUGUUUAUGGAAAUGAACAACAGUCAGAGUUGGAGAAAGCAAUUCAAUUAGAUGCUGUAGAAGAUGUGUACAUUGAGACACAACAGACUUUUGCAGAUGAAGCCCAGAAUGUUGAUGUUAAGGGUGCAAAGGAUGCAAAUGAUUUUGAAGCAUCGAAUGACCAGCUUCCUAAGGAUUCAAAUGAAGCACAAAUACCGUAUAUUGGUAUGACUUUCUUAAGCUGGGAAGAAGCUUAUUCUUUUUACUGUACUUAUGCCCGGAUGAAAGGUUUUAGGGUUCGCAUUGGUAGGACUGAUGUAUCAAAGAAAAGGGAGUUAGAUGGUUCAUGUAAGGUUUUUUCAAAGAAGUUUUUAUGUUACAAAGAAGGUUAUCGAUAUGAGAACGACAAGCGACGAAAGGGGAAAAUAGUGCAUCGCAGGUCUGUAGUUAGAGUUGGUUGUCCAGCAUUUCUGUGUAUUAAACCAAAUCCGAAUGGUUGGGUAGUGCACAAAUUUGAGGCAAAUCACAAUCACCCACUGGUUCUUGAAGACAAAUCAAUCAGGCUCCAAUCACAGCAACAAUUGACAGAUGGUGUAAAAUUGGUAGUUGAUAAUCUCCAUAGUGCUGGUAUAGCUCAAAGUCAAACGCAAAUAGUUGAUGCCGUUGUCGAGUGCUUUGGUGGUUAUAAUAAUAUUGGUGUGACAAAGGGGACACUUAAAGGUCAUAUGAAAAGAAAUGAAAAAAAAAUGAUUGAAGUGGAUCUCCAGAGUCUUUUAGCAUAUUUUGAGUCUAUGAAAGAAAAGGAUCCUGAAUUCAUUUAUUCAACUAAUGUAUCUGAUAAAGCCGUGAGUGCGGUUUUUUGGAUUGAUGGCAAAGGCAAGUCUGAUUAUGAAAUUUUCAGUGAUGUUGUGGUUUUUGACACAACAUACAAGAAAAAUCAAUACAGAUGGUCAUAUGGUCUGUUUACUGGCGUGAACAAUCAUGCUCAAUCCAUUCUGGUUGGGUGUGGUUUGGUUGUGAAUGACACAAAGGAAUCGUUAGAGUGGCUGUUCAAGGCAUGGUUGAAUGCAAUGGGAGACAAGGCACCAAAGGCAAUUAUUACUAAUGAGUGUACCAGUACUAUACCUGCAGUGGCUAGUGUUUUCCCCAACACAGUACAUCGCUUUUGUUCAUGGCAUGUUUCAAAGAAUGUCGUACAACACCUCGAUCCUUUAUGGUUCCAAAAGCCUGAAUUUAAAUCAGAAUGGAAGCAGUGUGUCUAUCAUUCAUGGUCAGAUGCGGAUUUCUUAACUUGGUGGGAAGCGAUGAUGGUGAAAUAUAAUCUAAAGGACCAUUCAUGGUUAAACGAGAAGUUUUCCCAAAGAAAGUUUUGGGUGCCUUGUUAUUUUAGAGGCACAUUCUUUGCUGGAAUGAGCUCGACCCAACAAAGCGAGGGGAUGGACAGUUACUUUCCGGGAUAUUUCAAUGGCUCUAUGACAUUGCUAAGUUUUGUGAAGCAAUAUGAAAGGGUUGUUGCUAAGCGUAGAGAGAAGGAAGCUGAUGCAGAGUCCAAAUCACUUAACUUACCUCAAUUGGAAUCACAAAGUCCUAUUGAAAUGCAUGGUGGACAGGUGUACACGAGGAGGGUGUUUGAGAUUUUUAAGAAAAAUUUCAGCGCAAGCCUUAGCUUAUCUGCUGUAGAUGUGUCAUCUGAAGGGUCAAUUAGGAAGUUUAAGGUUGGGCCCUUCAAUGUUCCAAUUGAGCACAGAUGCGUGGUUGAGUACAACUCCAUUGAUGAAGAGAUACAUUGUAGUUGCCUUAUGUUUGAGUUCAUGGGAAUACCGUGCAAGCAUUUUUUGAAGGUUCUACAAAUGGUUGAUCGUGAUAGGGUACCCUCCAAAUACAUUCUAUCUAGGUGGACGAAGGAAGCAAAGUGUGGGUUGACUUUGUAAAGAUGUUUAUUAUUUUCCAUGCAUUAACUAGGUGAAGGAUAUUUGAUGUUUAAAUGUAGUCUCUCUCUCUCUCACACACACACACACACACACCCCGGGAUUUUGAGUGGAACAUCAACAACAACUAUCUCCAAUUAGGUGAAAGUAUGAGCUUGUGUACUGUCCACCUGGGAAAACUCAAAGCAUGCCAUUAGGGUGCUUAUGUUUAAUUAUUUAUCUAUUCUCUGUCCAUGUUUACAAUUUUGCCAUGGCCAAAUGAGUAUUAAA